AAAAGUUCUUCGUGGUGCAUUUCAAUGAAGAAUCAAAAACGAUGAUGUCUGCUCCACCGGUUGCAAAUGGUGGAUUUUCAGGGUAUGAUUACUAUCCUUAUGGUUAUCAGAUGCCAGUUGCUGCCACUGUAGUGUCGCAAGCAUUUAAUGGUUCUCAAGUUAGUUUGUCUUCUUCUUCUUCCAUGAAAAAUGAUAACGAUGUCCGAGAAAACAGAGAUAAAGAGAGGGGUAGGGAAAGAAGGGACUCUCAGUCUUCAAGAGAUAGAGAUCAUAAAUCUAUGUUUGGAAGUCAAGUGGAUCAUGAUAAGCCACCAUUUUCUAGGGUUUUUGUUGUGUGUAGUAAAUAUCAUUCCAGUGACACACUAAAGAGUGCUUUUUUAAAAUAUGGAAAUGUUGAAGACGUUUGGGUUGUAAAAGAUAAACAAACAAAAGAAAACAGAGGUGUAGCAUAUGUGAAAUUUUCCAAAAUGUCAGAAGCUUGCCUUGCGGUUGAAAGCAUGGAUGGAAAAAAGUUGACUGAAGAUGAUGACACUAAACCUUUGAAGGUUAUUAUUGCACAGCCAAAAUCAUCAAAAUCAACAGAAGAUUUCAAUGAUGAAUCAGCCUUAACACGUCUGUUUGUUGUUAUACCAAAAGGGAUGGAUGAGAAGGAUUUAAGAAAGGCUUUUGAAGAGUAUGGCGAGAUUGAUUAUGUUCAAGUUGUUAAAGAUAGGAAAACUGGUGAAAAGAAGGGUUUUGGUUAUGUAAAGUAUAGGCGUGCUUAUAAUGCAGCGGUGGCAGUGGAGACCUGUGACAAAUCUUAUCGAGCAGUUAUGGCGGAACCUAAGUCAGUUAAGAUCAAAAGAGACUUAGCACAUACAGAUAUGCAAUCAUCUAGUCAUUUUGGUAGCAUGGGUACUUCAUUGGACGUGUCCCUGGGAUUAAAUACUAGUGCCAAUCGUAGCGACAUUCAAAGUGCAAUCCCUCCCGGAUUUGGUAUUAAUUUUCAAGAAAACCGAACAUCUGCCGUAAUAGGUAACAGAUUACAAGUUCAAGUAGCAGUAACGGUAACGCAGGAACAUUUGGCAAGACUUUUUGAUUUGAUACCAGGUUUAGAGCUGUGCGAUUUAAAAAAGAAUUAUUCUACUGGAGAAUCAAAGGGAGUUGCCGUUGUUGUUUAUAACUCUGUUGGUUCAGCAAUUUAUGCAAAAGAAAAAUUAAAUGGAUUUGAAUAUCCACCAGGCUACAAAUUAAUUGUACGGUAUGCUCCUGAUGAAGUCGAUGGCAAUGUUACUGCUGUAAGAUCAUCGCAAUUAGACCUUUCUCAUCCUACACAGCAAUUAAAUGCUGGAAUAACCUAUUGCACUGUUCAGUUACCUGCUGCUCAGCCACUUUCUGACUCAGAAACAUGUGCAGAAAGACUUUUCAUUGUAUGUCACCCAUCACCUCCCCCAGAUAAUGUGUUAAAAGAUGUUUUUUGUCGUUUUGGGGACCUAAUUGACGUCUUUAUGUUAAGAAAUAAAAAUUUUGGUUAUGCAAAAUAUUCUAGUGUGGAAUCAGCAGAAAGAGCAAUUAGAAUAUUGCAUGGUGCAGAAGUGUUAGGGAAAAAAUUAAAAGUUUUGCAGGCUGAGCCACCAAAGUCUUCUUCAUCUGAAAGUGCACGCAAACGACCAAGAACUUAAAUUAUGUAGGAUUGCGUUGAGUCUUAUUCAACUGGCUGUUGUGUACUAGUUAACGCCGAAGAAAUCACUGGUAAGAUAUUUUUAACAAUUAACUUUGCUUAUUUUGUUUUUUCUUACUCCCCAUUAGAUUAAAGACGAAAACUCGCACGGAAUUGUUUAACAAACAAAUUACUAAUGAUUACAAGAAGAUGACUAUUCAUGUUGACCCGACGCUUCAUACACGCACAGAUGAUAACUAUUACCACUGCCCCUUACAAAUGCAGUUAAACGUAAGCUUUCAAUCAAGUUUACUUCCUACCUUUAACUUUAAAAGACAAAUUAACUAUAAUAUAUAUAAAUAUAGUUGAGUAAAGAAAUAAAAAAACUGAGAAGCUAAUGUAUAUAUAUAUGUAGAUAGAUCGGGAGACUACAGUUUCAAGUUGUUCAUACUUAUGACGCAUGAUACUUUGUUCCAUUGGAUAUUUAGUAGCUAGCAAAACGAUAAAAGCUGGUUUUUACAUAAAUAAUUAAUAUAAAGUAUCGAUAAAAAAUGUUUCUUUGUUUUUGUUUUAUUAUUUGUUUUCAAAAGAUAUGUAUUGGUUAUUUAAAAGCUUUGUUAAACGCUUUCAGUUAAUAUGAAGGGAAAUUCAGCUUUGCUUCGUUUUAAUAAAAAACACCUAGUCCAUUAUUAAGCAUUUUAGGGUAAUAAAAGAUCUAAGUAAUUAAUUAUAUACUAUUAUUUAGUGAUUCAAACCUAAGUUCAUUUAAUCCUGUUUAAAAUCCAUCAUCAUUUCUCAAAUUACGAACCAUUAAAAUUCGAAACAAAUUUCAAACUAAAAAUGACGCAUGUACAGAACUCACUGACUGGGAAUUAUUCUCAAUUAAUGCGAAACCGUCUUCAAAUUGACUAGAAAACGAACAAGAUGUACAGAUUAACCUUAAUAAACAAACUGACUAAGAAAUAGAAUCUCUUCUGGUUGAAGAGCUAAGCAAGGUUGUUUUUUGUUGUUAUAAAACGUUCCAUUGAACCAUAUAUUUAUUGUGUUUUUGUAUCGAAACGUGUUGGUUGAUUGUUCGUUAAAACGAAUUUUUAAAAGAAUCUAAAACGUUAUUCCACUUAUAUGUAUAGUUCUUAUGUUAAUUAUAUCUUUGUGUACAUAUUGCCAGAAGCAUGUCGAUGUUUAUAUGUUAUAUGCAAAAAAUAACCAACUAAAGCCUUCAAGUGUCCCGGUCCAGUCUCGUGUGGCAAAAGGUAAACACUUGCUGUUUUUACUUUGUUAUUUUUUGAGUGAGAAUAUAUUUAUGCGAUAGCGUUAUUCGCAUUUAACCUGAAACUAAGAAGAUUUAGUCGUAUUAGAGAGUGUAUUAUGUUGAGAAAAGAAUUUAUCUAUACA